UGCAUGACUGUGUUUUUAUGAAUGAAAGGAAUCUGUGAGUGAGUAAUUCCAGGAAACGGUAACAUUACAACUCAGCAGAUCUGCUCGCUGUCCGCACUCCGCCCGCCUGCCCGCCCGCCGCCGCCGGCCCGCCUCGGGGAGCUCGCCAGGUAAGGCAGCCUCUAUCCCGGGUACCGGGGCACAGCUCGGGCUCUGGCCGGGCUCGCCCUAUAGCAGCGAGGACUCUGCCUCCUUUGUAUGCGCUGGCCGCGGGGAGCCAUUGUGCUUUCUGUUAGACGGCAUGGGGGAGGGGGGGCACUGUGUACCACCGGACUGACACCCCCCGGGCAGCUUUAACCCCUCCAGGGAGUCUGCGAUCACUCCUACAGCAUGGCUGGCUCCGAGCGGGGCACGCCUCGGGCACACAAAGGGUUAAAUACCCCCUCCCCCCCCAUACUGCCAGCGCUGGGCUAUUGACGGCUUGCUGGUGAAGGGUUAGGGCCGCCGCCGCACCGCGCUCACUGUAAACACACUGUAUCAGGCUUUAUAGCAACGUGGGAGGCACGGCUAAUGUGUCUUCCUCAUAUUGCUGGUCACUGGAAUGCAGGCAGGGCCUUCACACUGGGUGUAUUAUUACCCUGUAACGCCUGGACUGGCUGUCUCUAUAGUCCCUGGCAGCAGAUCUGUAUAAUAAUAAUGGCAACACAGAACUGUCUAUCUAUCUAUCUAUCUAUUUGUUCUGCAUUCUAAAUUCCAAAACACUACAUUCUGUAUUCUAGAAGAGAGUAGACCAGGUUGCAUUAUAUAAACUUAGAGCACUAGUGCAUUCUUUUACUUAUUUCUCCAGUUUGAGUUGGCUGUAAGUUGAAGGACAUGCCAGAAGAGACUGCAUUGCAUAACUAGAUCAUUUUAAUAUUUUAGCCCCCAAGUCAGUCCAGUGAGCUUACAGUCUAUUUAUGGUUAAAAAAGAAAAGUAACGUGUUUAACAGAAGGAUUCCUGGCUGCGUACAAUGUUUGUUCCUUGCUGAUUGCUCCCAGAUGAAGUCAUGUUUUUAGAGUUUUCUCCCGGAACUGUGUGUGUAAGCGUAUAACAUUCCUUACGUAACAUUCCUGUUUUUUUUUUUUUUCCUUGGGAGUUGUCUGUAUCUGAGUGACAUGGAGGGGCGUGUGUGUUUAUUUUAAUGGAGUUUGUAGUCUCCUGCCUGGAAAACUCAUAAUUUCCCUUGUUUUAACCAAGAAGACAGUCCCACUAUUUCACUUUUUUUUUUUUUGGUUUGUUUUGUUAAUAUUUGGCAUUCAGCCAGAGACUUUGCUCAGUUCGCCUGAGCCUAUCCCCUUUAUGCGCAGUCACUAGCUCUCUGUACUGAAGAUCAAACAUCAAGGCCUGACUAACAGGAUUAUUUGCUUAAUUGGGAAAUAAACAGGAAAUCGUUGGUUCAUUUUAAGGCAAGUUGAAAAUAAAUAUGCCAGCUCAGCAAUUUUCCUUAUCAUUUAUUUUAAACCGUAACGUUUUGUGGUUCCCGGCAAUUCACACUUUAGUGAAUAACUAACUAAUUUAAUGUGUUGACCAUUUGUAGUGCGUCUCUUUUUAGACGUUAAAUGAAAACUUUUAAUUCUGCUGUGUGUGCAGUUUUCCGUAGCUAGAGUAUUCAGCAUAACUCAGCAUUAAUCUGCUACCAUAUGAUGUGUGAAGCCAGCAUCCUACAACUUGUACUGUGCUCAGCACUUAUUUCAUUGCCUCUGCAAUGUCCUGAUGACCCUUCAGAGAAGUAUUUAACAUGGAAAUGGUUUUAAAGCAGAACUGUCUGGUAUCUGAAAGUGACAGAUACUUGUUUACUCCCCCCCACUCCUCCCCAGUAAACCCUACUGAAGCAUUUACUGGAGUGACUGAUAAAUCUAAAUAGUGAAUCGGAAGUUUGGUGAAAACAUUGUUGGCAUUGGAGCACUUGCAGGUUCAGGUUGUUGUUAUUGCUUAUGUGCGCUGGCGAAUCUGUGUAAAAACACCGUAUAAGAGCAUGCACGCUUGGGCAUUCCAUUGACAGUCUGUACGAAGCACAUGUGGCACUGUGGGGGUAUAUGUCAUGUUACGUGUCAUGUGAAUACAGAAUUUAAUUAUUUUAUUUUUUUUUAAAUAUCCCAAACUAAUAAGAUUUGUUUUUAAUGGAAUAGAAGCACAAACUUACCUAACUUUAAGUUCGCUAUUGGGUUGUGCAAAAACCUCAGUCGUGAUAGUUCCUCUUUAAAGCAUACCAUACAAGGAAUUGUGCUUUGAAAAAGAUAUUGAGGGGAUAACUGAUGCUCUUUGAUAUAAAAGAUUAACAAGAUUUUUCUAGUGAGCAGAUAAAAGAACCAUUUGGUUUUCUGAAUUAAGUGUUGUUGUUUUUAUGUUAUGUUAUGUUAUUUUAUAUAUAUAUAUAUAUAUAUAUAUAUAUAUAUAUAUAUAUAUAUAUAUAUAUAUAUAUAUAUAUAUAUAUAUAUAUAUAUAUAUAUAAUUUAUUUUAUUUUUUUUAAUAUAAAGGCAUUCGGGGGAUGCAGAAUUCCAUACAUAGAGCUUUCAUAAUUUCCUUUCUGAUUUCUGUGCAUUGGUGCCUCUUGGUUCUGGUUAGUUGAUAUCAUUUUUAAUGGUAUCCUCACAGAGGCUGUAUUUAGAUGCAGUCAUCUGUCAACCCCCACUAAAAUGUGUAUUUUAUAAAGAUAGAAUCUUUAUGAAAUGUUAAUUUUGACUGUGUUGGAAUUUCACUGACUCAAAGUAUCGACUGCAUUUUGUCUGUGUAUUUCCUCCCCUGACUUUCGCAGACUCUCCGCGGAGCUUUCACCAGACCCCCAGCAGCGGCGAUGUCCCCAUCUGGGGUGCUUACAAAGUCCCCAGACAGUGACUGUGACUGCCUUAAAAAGAUACCCUGAGCUGACUCUGCUGAAUUCUCAUUUAGGAGUUAAUUCACCUUUGUUUCUGUUUAUGCAGACCUAGCCACACCUUCCUUGGUUGUUAAUCUCACAGCCUGUUUGAAAAACAUAGUUUAAAGGAACACUAUAGUGUCAGGAAUACAAACAUGUAUUCGAGACACUAUAGGUUUGAAACCGCCGUUUAUGCCUCUGCCUCCCCAGAUUAAAAAAAAAGGAGUGAAAAAGCAUUGGGAGGCUAUUGCGCAUGUGCUGCAAAAUGCCACGCUGUGCCAAUCCGCAUCUCCUCAUAGAGGUCAUGCAGAUGCUGAUCCGGAAAGCACCUCUAGUGGUCGUCUGAGUUACGACCACUAGAGGUGUUUCUAGGCAGUAGUGCAAUGUUUACAUUAAAAAGCCUGCAGGGACAGGCACUAGACGCUAGACAAACUACAUUAAGAUGUAGUUGUUCUGGUUACUCUAGUGUCCCUUUAAUUUUCAUCAGAUCUGACAACACAGUCUAUAUCUUGGGCAUUUGUAUCUCCUGUUCUGUUGAUUGAUUGAACUUUAGACACACACAGAACGCCAUAUACAGAGCUGGAGAUGAUAAAUUCUAAGUUAAAGAAACACGGUAGGGUCAGUAACACAAAUGUGUAUUCCUGGCCCUAAAGUGUUAAAAACCUGCUUCCCCUCCAUACUAGAAAACGUACCUUAUUUUGAGCGUCACACAGGUCUGCCAGGGCGUGCUCCGCCUCAUUGGCUGACAGCAGCAGAAUUGAUGAUCUCAGCCAAUCACAAUGCUUUCCCAUAGGAAUCUCAACAAAGGAGGCGGGCUGGGCCAGAGUCAAACGCCGUCCUGGUCAAUCAGCAUCUCCUCAUGGAGAUACAUUUAAUCAAUACAUCUCUGCAGGGAAAGUUCAGUAUCUUUAUGCAGAGGAUGGAAACACCGUCUGAGGAGAGGCCACUAGAGGUGUUCCUAGGCUAGAAAGACUGUGUUUACAGAAAAGGGGGAGGGUGGAAACAUUGAAAAUAAGGUGUGAGGAUUUUUUGGCUUUGCUUUUAUUUUUUUAGAGGGGGGGGGAUUUCUUUUCUUUCUCAACAAAUCUGAUUUAAUAUGGUCCAGGCCUAGAAUGGGCUUCUCGAAGAUAUGAUCCUUGGUUAAAAGAAGUAAAAUACAUUUUUAAACACUACAAGAGUGAUCAACCUUUACUGAUUAUAGACUAUUUGUGUUUUUUUAAAUAACAUUCUACAAACCCAUGUAAUAAGUUUUUAUACCUAUCUAGACUGAUAUGUAUACACUUUUUUUUUUGUUUGUUUUUUCAAUCUGGACUAUAUUCCCCUUCUUGGGGUAUUUUACCCAAUUCUAUUUUUAAUACACCGAUUUCUGACCACUAUACCAAACUAAACUCUAUAUCCCAUGCCCACUUCAAACUAAUAAAUAGCAUUCUGCUAAAUUUCUUUCUGCAUGCUCUGCCAAAUUUUACAUUCUUUUUACACAAUGGAGUGUAUCUAAGUCCAGCAAGUUUAGUUUAGAGAUUGACAAAUAGUGCAGUGGUACCAAUUAAACUAGGAAAUUUAUCCUGUUGCACAGAUAUUGGCCUUACCUAAUUUGAUGCCAUUAGUGUGCUCGCUAUUUGUUAAUUUCGACACUGGGCUGAUUUUUCUUUUGCAGACAUGCUGUGUUUCAAGCUGGAUCCUCCAGACAUCGUGGCCAGCAAGUGCACAGUACAGCAGAUGGUUACACACACUAACUUGGACCUAGCUGAUAAAUACAUUAAACAAGCUAGUUUGAUCUUUGCAGCAUUGUCUUACUACAAAUAGUUUGUGAUUACAACCAUUUUUUUUUAAAAGUAAGGCUCAAAUUUGGCACUAGCCAUUGAUAACUGAAAAUGUAUCCUGGUGAAUGAGUUUUGACCUUUUUCAGUAACUUUCGAGGCCUGGCUAGUAACUCAGGCCUUGAAUUGGUAUGUAAGCCCUAUCCCAGGCUUCCAUGUCCCCUAUAGAAUUACUGUGCAUGUCCAAUAUUCUAAGGCUCUGUAGGAGUUUAUAGUUUUAUUAUAAAUGGGGGGGAGGACACAAACUGAACUGUUUGACAAUGGAAUUAUACCAGUAGUACCUACACAACUUAUUUUUAUACCGUUCCAAAGACAAAUUGUGUAAUUUUAUGCAUUUCAUACCCCUGCCCGAUCCACUGCUGCUGAGAAGAUUAUACGAUACUCUCAGAAUGCUUAGUCAGAUAUGCAAAGAGCACAAACUGCCUUGUCAUGUUUUUAGAAUUGUAGCCCAUGGUUUUUGUAAGUUGCAUUGGCAAAGACCUGGACUGAAAACCCAAAAAGUGACAGUGCAGUAUGUGUUCUUUUGCCUAUCUUGCAUGUUGUAUGAGAGAUUAUUUAGUGUUUGUGUAACCCAGGCAGAUUUAGAGGGACUCAGGUGCCCUCCGCAGCUAGAGAUAAACAAGAACUGAACGAAAUUAAGGGUACUUUUUAAGGUCUUGAAGAGUAGGCAAAGGUGUACUGUGACACCAGGAAGCUCUUCUGUUUUUGCCUAAUCACUUGUCUUGUACUUAUUUGGAAUAUUGUUCAAGAUCACAGAUUCUUCAGAGUAUGUUCAUAUUGUAUAAUAAACUUGAAACAUUCUUGCUCUUAGCACAACAAAUCAGAUAGAUGGUGUUUCCAUAACUUCCCAGUAUACAGUACAAAGUACAGAAUAAGCACUGGCAACGGUGCUACUAAUUCAGAAAGGUACAAAAAAUAGGAAAUCUGUACAUUAAGGUACACUUUAGACACUCUCUGGUUACUUCAUCUAAUUUAAGUGGUCUGGGGGCAGUGUCCCUGCCCUCCUAGCCUUCCAAUAUAAAACAUUGCAUUGUUGCAUUGCAGCGGAGAAUUUCCUUAGGGCAUAGCGACACUAUAGCGUUAGGAAUACAGUUUUGUGUUCCAGUCUUCUAAUAUUGACUUUAAUUUAAUAAGCUUUGAAGAUCAAUUAUUUGAGGAUUUUUCCUAACAGUAUGGAGUCUUUUGGAAAGCUUAUUAAAUUAAGACAAUUCCUUGGCAGUGCCCUCCCUGGGUGUGUAGACAAAUGGUUUGACAUCUUACUGGGGCUCUGCCAAGUGCUUGUAGCCACCUCUCCUGCUGCCUGGAAAGCUCUGCACUGAACCAAGCCCUGCAGAGCAGGGAGGUGCUCAUUGGCUGAGAGUGGUCAGCUGAUGCUCUCAGCCAAUGAGCAGACCCUACAUGGUAUCUCAGAGCUAAUGGAAGCUUCACAGAGGUCAGCAGUAGGCACCUAGCAGAUUCCCAGGUAAAUUACCAAACAUUUGACUACUUACUUUGGUAGGUUGCAAAAGCACCCCUGGUACCAUAACCACUACAGCAAGGUGUAGUUGUUAUGGGGCUUGAAGAGUUCCUUGAAUUUAAUCUCAGGAAUGGCCUUCAACACAGACAUAUUGACACAAUAUUCACUCAUGGAAGCAAAAAUUUAAAUUUGAAGCUACACCACUUGUUGUUAACCAUUUGUAUUCUGUAACUUUACUGUCCCUUUAAAAUUUUGAAAUUUAGUGGGGAAAAUAUACAAUGAUGAAACAUUGUAUAUACCCAGAUGCAGAUUAUUUAAUUCAUUUUAAUUUAUUAUGCAAACAAGAUUUACUUUUUUUUUCAGUAUAUGAUAGGAUAUUACAGUAGUGUGUGUGUGUAUAUAUGUGUAUAUAUAUUAGUGUGUGUGUGUACAUGUACAUUUUUUUUGUUUUUCUUUUUUUUUUUAACUUCCGCUUAUUCUGUGGCUGCAUGUUAUUUCCAUUUCGUCCUCUGGUCAAGUAACUUCCUUCAAAAAAAAAAAGAGAACCUUGUGACAGAUCUGUUAGCAAGUUAAUGUUUAACUCAAAAGAGGUGGAUAUUGUGAAUAAUUCUGCUGUUUUUGUGAGGCGGGAGAACAGACUAAGUCGGUACGAUACUGGCAGGUACUGAGGGAUACACAAAAUAGUAAAUAUGACUUCUCGUAACCAGAGGAAAAAACUAAAACAAGGAAGUGCUUCUUUAAAAAAAUUUUUUUUUUUAGUUAUCUUUUCGUUAACAAUUUAACUAUGAUGGGCUCUACAGCAUGUUGCUUUACAAUAUCUUUGGCAACCAUUUUUAGCAUUCAUAGUGUUUUAAUUGAGUAUUUUUUUAAAAUUCAGAAUUUUCAAUUAAUUACUUUGAUAUAUUUGUGUAUUUUUAUUUUUGAACGCCGAUUAUCAUGGGACAAGUGUAAUACUCAUCAUGCGUGUUUGUUGUUGGACUACAAAUCCUAUCCGGCAUGGAUAGGCUACUUUUUGCAUUGCCGUCCUAAAACAUCUGAAUAUAUAUAUAUCCCCACAGUGAUGUUAAAGGUAGGGGGAAGUGCUAAUGCUAGGAAAGGGUGUCAAAAUGAUAUGAUUACAAAAUAGAAGUCUGUGCUUCUCUUUUUUUUCUUUAUUUUUGUUGUGCAUGUGAGUACAAAUCGACUUAACACCACAACAGCGUAUACUUUGACAUUUCAGUGAAACGGUGGCAGAGAAAAACUUUGCACAUUUUUAAAUAACUAACAGGCUUAAACUUUUAAUAUGUCACAAGUUGAAGAGUCGGGUGACAAGAUGUGGUGGGCAUGCGUGCGUGUAGGUAGCUCAAUUUGCAGGUGAUAAUCAGGCGUAAACUUACAAAUGUGUCGCUAAGUUAGAGUUGAAUGAUAAUAUGUGUAGGACAUGCGUGUGUUCUGGCUUGAGUGUGUAGACUUAAUUUGCAUGUUGUAAACAGGCUCAAGUUUCCUAUCACAUCACAUAUGUAGAGAGUUGGGUGAUAACAUGUCUUGGUGUUGAUUAUAUAGGCUCUGUGCCUAAGAUUAAGCUCAAUAAGAUAGGUAAUGAUGCAUGAGGGUGAACAUGCUGUGCUAAUCAGGUUAACCUGAGCCCAUAAGAAUGCUGAAUAUGAGUAUGCUAACUGACUGUUAGAGUAUUGACCGUGCCUUCAGCUGUGGAAAUUAAGAGUAUAAAGAGAGAUAAACAUAAAAGAAAAACAGUUGGUUUAGCAGGUACUAUGAGGUAAGAUUGUAGGAGUCAUCCCCUGGGAUAAUUGGGAAGGUCCCCCUUCUGGCCUAGUUUCAUCCAAUGCCGCUUCUGUAGGGCCUCGAGUGUCUUAGGUAUAAGUCCGCCACAAACUGGACCAGGUCAAGGACUGGGGUGUUGCAUUCUGGGCUCCUGACAGCGCACCCUCCACAUUGCAGCCGUGUCUUUUCACUUUGUGGGAAGGAGAGGAGAGAAUGUAUGGCAGCGGUGUGACCCCGUGCCCGGCUUCCAACAGCUGCUGCUUGCGGCUGGGAGGUAGGAAUGCUCUCUCGUGUUUGGCAGUGCGAUAAGCUGUUUACGGGGUGCGUUGUGCUUGAGAGAAUGGGGCCUUCUGAUGCGGCAUUGUCUCUUAGGUGGGGCUGUAUGCUUGUGAGGGGGUGACCUCGGGGCGAGUCUCCGUUGUGGCUUGAGGUGACUCACCAGCGGGCGAGGAUUGGGGUGCUGUAGCUUGCGCCUUGAUCUCUGCAUCGCCGCGUAGGGAUCCCCUCUUUGUUGCUUGCUUAUGGUAGCUGGUUUCGGCCAUGUGUGUGGGUGACCCGGUGGUAGGUUAGGUCUCUGUGUGUGUGUAUACUGCGAUCUAUGCCAGUGUUGGGCCUUAGGCUUCCCUAGAGGCCCCUUCCUCCUCCGUGGUGCCGGUCAGUCGUCCGGGUGUUGGGCUGCUGGCCGACUGCUGAGUUGCGGUUUCUGCCCUGGUGGGUUAGUACUUUGUAGUGGGGUAGGUUGAUGUAGCCUGCGUGCCAUCUUCUUCCAGAACCACUCAGAAUGCUUGUUCAGCCUUGCCUGAAGGUCGUGUGCAGCCCCAGUGGGGUUCUCGGCGCCUGCAGUUUCCGCCAUCUUGGGUGAAACUCUGCUCUCUCUUUUUACCCACGAGGCGGUCUUUAAUGCUUCAGCAUGCCUGGGGUAGCCUCUGCUGGGUGGACCGGGAUCUCCCCCACCGGUCCAAAAGGGGGGGGGUGGGUGGGUAACUGGGUCUGCUCGCUUUGUAGGUAUCGUAAGAGUCCCUCCGGGUUGGGAGAGCAGACGCCUCUCCCGCCCGUUGUGUGCUAUGCCGCUCUGUCGGUCGCGGUGUGAGCGGGUCUCAAGUAGGUCUUCCACUGCACGCCCUCCAUUGCGGGGUGCUUGAGAUUUAUGUGGUACCGCUGUUUGGGUCGUCAGAUACCGCCUUAUUUCGCUUGUUUUGCCAUAGUUGAGCCUGAGCUCUUGAGAAUCAUGACUCUUCACCAUGAUGGUUAGGCCCUGCCCCCCAGAAGUCUGUGUAUCUAAUGUAGUCUUCAAGGUUUUUACAUUGUUAUAGUAAUGAUAACUAUAUUUAAAUAAAUAUCAACAUCUAAUAUUCAUAGGAUUAUUUACGAAAGUGAAUUCCAAAUUUAAGACCAAAAUAGCUCAAAUGUAAAAAGAAAUCUUCGAGUCACUUGUUUCCAGUUCAUUUGUUUAGGUCUAAAAUGUGAAAUACACUUUAAAAAAAAAAAAAAAAAAAAAUUCUCUCUGACAAUUCAUGCUUUAGUAAGUAUAGUGUAUAUUUUCCCUUGAUUGAAAAUCUGAACAAUAUUAAUAUUAAGUAGUAGCUUGAUAGACUGAAAAAUAUAUACAUAACUUUUUAUUUGAUAUUUUUGUCAAUUUCACAAUGCCUGUUAUAUCACCUUUACAUAUUUAAUACGAUCAAAAAAUGCCAAUCUGUCAAUGAAGCAGCAGUGACAGAAAUUCCUGUGAUAUAAUUGUCAUUCUGAUCACAAGGAAACAUGUGCUACUGCUGUCAUUGUGUGACCUAAACUAUUUGGCUGUGUUUUGGCCACGGGGAAAAAUGCAUUUUUUUAUUUUUUAUUUUUAAAGUACAUCCUGUUUUUUUCACAUUCUCUUUGGGUUUUUGAAGAGGGAAAAAAAAUAUAUAUUGUAAAACUCUAGCAGACCUUUAAAUAGCUCAGCAGCUAAUUACAGCAUGUUCAUUAGAAGCACGAGUUACAUUUUCUAAUUUAAGUUUGUUGAACUCCCUGUUAAAAGGAUAUUGUGUAUGCCAUUUUUUUUUCCUUAUAUUAAUAGCAGCCGUAAAAUAAGUGAGUUUGCCUAUGCUUUCACAGGGACAGGCAGCCCUAUAUUCUAAAAUUAAAAUAUAAUUUGCAAGCAUAUUUUAAUCCAGCCUGCUAGCUGAGUAAGUGUAUUAAUGCAGGGCUCGAUAAAUCCCAGGUCGCCAUGGCGACCACGUGUCAGCCCCUUAGUUAAGUCCUACCUGCAGCUCCUCUCUGCUCCUUUGCGCGUUGUUUAAUGAUGCCGGGAGCCAGAAUAUGACGUCAGUCCAGCCCGGCAUCACUGCAGAAAGCAGGAGGGAGCAGAGAGGAGCUGCAGGUAGAUUACUGCUCCAUCACACUCAGGAAGAGAGAGCAGCCCCACUGGACCCCAGGGAAAGAUCCACUCAGCUCUCCCAAAGGUAGGGAGACUGAGUGGAUUUCAAUUUAAAUAAAAUGUGUGUGUCUGUUUAGAUACUUGCCUCCCUCCAAUCGCACAAGAAAGGUAAAAUUUAGUUUUGUGGGGGUUUUUUUUGUUUUGUUUACCUUUUUUUUUAUUUUUAUUUUUAUUUUAUUUUAUUUUUUUACGCCGUGCCGGUGGUCCUUAUGUCUUUAUGAUUUCAGCGAAGCAAAUACUUUCCUGUGUGAAUCAAUGCAUCUCUAUGGGGAACAUUCAAUGUCUCCAUACAGAGUGUGGAGACGUUGAACGUAGGUGCUGUACACUGUGCAGCACUGACCAAGGACACUCUAGUAGCCAUCUCAGCGACUGUUACUAGAGGUGUUACGAGGCAGCAAUGUAAAAAACUGCCCUUUUUCUCUGAAAAGGCUGUUUCCAUUGAAAGUGCUGCUGAUACAGGCUAACUACACCAGAACAACUACAUUAACCCCUUAAAGGACCACUAUAGUGCCAGGAAAACAUACUCUUUUUUUUUUUCUGGCACUAUAGUGCCCUGAGGGUGCCCCCACCCUCAGGGUCCCCCUCCUGCUGGGCUCUGGGGAGAGGAAAGCGGUUAAAUCUUACCUUUCUUCAGCGUCGGGCAGGGAGCUCUCCUUCUCCUCUCUGCCUCCGAUCCUCCUCCUGGGCUGAAUGCACAUGCGCGGCAGGAGCUGCGCGCGCAUUCAGCCGAUCUCAUAGGAAAGCAUUUACAAUGCUUUCCUAUGGACGCUUGCGUGUUCUCACUGUGAUUUUCACAGUGAGAAGCAUGCAAGCGCCUCUAGCGGCUGUCAGUGAGACAGCCACUAGAGGAUUUGAGGGCUGGAUUAACCCAUUUAUAAAGAUAGCAGUUUCUCUGAAACUGCUAUGUUUAUAAAAAAAAAAAUGGGUUAACCCUAGCUGGACCUGGCACCCAGACCACUUAAUUAAGCUGAAGUGGUCUGGAUGCCUAGAGUGGUCCUUUAAGGACUCGUGACAUGUCAUGAUUCCCUUUUAUUCCAGAAGUUUGGUCAUUAAAGGGUUAAGCUGCAGUUUUUAGCUGGCUCCUAGAUUCCAAACUAAUUUAUCAAGCCCUGAUAUAAAUGUGUAAUAUUUUCUGAAAUCCAGUUCUAUCGCUGGGGGGCACAAAUAAAUGCACAAAAUGUUUUGCAUGUUCUCUCUCUACCUAUGGCAAGGCUAUUCACUAAACUGUGAAUUGUUGGGAAUUAAAAGUAAAUUGCAAAUUUUAGGCCAAUAUGGCUGAAGGAAAAAUAUAAUUUGGACAAUUAUUGUCCAAUAUAUUAAGUUAUAAAAUUCUGUGUUUUUUUUAUUGUACAAUCCUGUGAGCAUCCUGUGAGCAUUCUGUGAUACUUUGACUACAAACUCAAUUGCUUGAGUAUAAUAGGAAUUGCAGUCCAAUAUGUGGACAGGUAGAUAUUAUUGGGCUAAAAGCCAUUAAAAAAAAAAAAAAAAAUUAUAUAUAUAUAUUUUUUUUUAAUAAUAAUAUUAUCUUUAUAGAGCGCCGUCAAAUUCCGCAGCGCUUUACAAUGGAGAUAUAUAUAUUUAUAUUUAUUUCUUGAUGGAACUGUUCCUUUAUGUGGUAGAAAGAAGCAAUGUUUUUGGAGUAUUGGCAAUUAUAGUGAUUAUGAAAUACAGUAACUUGUGAAUUAUUACACACUCCCCCUCUCCCCUUUUCAGUUUUAAACUAUAUUUAUUUUAUCAUAAACAACCUCUCGGCCUUCAAUAAAAUGAAUGAGACAAAAUGGUGAUCCAACUUGGCUGUAUAGUCAUUGGGUUUGUGUUUUAAUCAGAUAAUUUUGUGUGCUUAAAUGGGAAAUAAUUGCAGAUGUUACAAAGCUUUGGUUGGCACUGACGUGCAGGGUCUGUGUAUCGUAUUUAAAAAAGAAAAAAAGUCUUCUCUACUUGUCCAAUUGAUUGAUUAACAAAUUCUAAAAAACUCAAGCUACAUCGGAAAGCCAUACAGCUUCCCAGGCUCUCGCUAUUCUGUUCACAUAUAGCAAGAUCAGUGGCAGCCAGGUGAAACAUUUUAGUUUAAUGCCAGGUAUUUUUGUAAUGACUUGGAAUAUAUUUUGGUCCCUGCAAUGUAAAGGUUAUAGGUCAAAACACUGACCGCCAUUGGAAUUGUAUUAGAAAGUUGAAAUGGCAGUCUAUUUACUCUAUUUAUUCUUGGUCACUUUCAGAAAGCUUAAAAACAACAAGGUGAAAAUGUCAGACGGACUUUCUUCUAAGGCCUUAAAGGUACUGAAUUUGCCUGUCUUGUUAUUCAUUUCCUUGUACACUGUUUGUCAUCAUCACAACUUAAGAAUACUCACACCCACCUUCAUUAUAGCAUGAGGAAGUAAUAAAUAUGCUCACCCUUUGUCGCUCUUGUUAGAAAAUAGGAAAAUCUUAUGUGCCCUGUUGUAAUUGUGGGACUAUUUUGUGAAAGACAUAUUUUGAGAACAGAUGUAGUUUCAUUGUACACCCAUACAUGACUAACAGGCCAUCAUGUAUUGUACAUCAAAAUAUGUGGGUUUUUGUUUCGGGUUUGACACAAUAUUUACUUAAAGGACCACUUCAGCUCAAUGAAGUGUUCUAGGUGCCAGGUCCCCCAGGUUUUAACCCUUCAGAUGUAAACAUAGCAGUUUCAGAGAAACUAUGUUUACAUGGCAGGGUUAAUCCAGCCUCUAGUGGCUCUUUUACUGACAGCCGCUAGAGGCGCUUCUGCGACGCUGGAUGCGAAAAUCGCAUCUGGCGUGCAGAACAUCCAUAGGAAAGCAUUGAGAAAUGCUUUCCUAUGGACUGUUUGCGCACGCGGCUCUUGCCGCGCAUGCGCAUCCCACUCCAAUCAGGCGCUGACAUCGGCAGGGGAGGAGAGGUCACCAGCGCCGAAGGAGCCUGGUGCUGGAUUAAGGUAAGUAACUAAAGGGGUUUUAACCCCUUCAGCGCAAAGGGAGGGGGGCCCUGAGGGUGAAGGGUCCUAAGGAGUAUAGUGUCAGGAAAACCAGUUUUGUUUUCCUGACACUUUAGUGAUCCUUUAAUAUAUUUAUAGGCUUUCCAGAAUGUUAAAAUUUAAAUUUAAUAAAAGUGUGUUUGAGGUGUGAUUUUAAUUUAAAAAUCCACAACUCUUAAUCCAGCAACUAGGGGCCUCCCUGUCAGUCAUUGUUAAAAGCUCUGUCCUUUGCUUUGACCUGGCAGUCAGCAUAGAGAAAUCCUAAGAGAAGAGGAGAAAUUAAACAAUGCUUCUAUUCCACCUUUUAGUUUCCAGUGUUUGCCCUGGCUUUACUUUGUCUAAACUUCGUGAUGUAAUUUGCUAUAUAUUUAUAGGGACACUUUAGGCAGCCAGACCACUUCAUUUCAUUGAAGUGGUCUGGACGCACUGUUCCGGUUCUCUUAACCCUGCAAUGUAAAACAUUUCAGCUUUAGAGAAACUGCCUCUACAUUGCAGGGUUACGGCUGCCUCUAGUGGCUGUCUACCAGAGGAGCUUCCUGCAGUUUUACAGUUUUGUAUGAGGAUGUCCAGCGUGUUGAAGAACCCAAUAGGAAAGCAUUCAGUCAAGCGCCCAGCACUGAGGGACAUCUGCACUGGAAUCGGGUAAGUGUUUGUUUAAAGGGUUAUUAACCAAUUAAUAGCCACAAAGGGAUGGGGUAGGGGUGAGAAGGAGUAGUGUUUCUUUAUUAUAAAUUUCUGUAUCAAUCUCCUCCCCCUCGCCCGUGAUGUAACUUGACAAAAGGCAGGGCUAACAGUGUCCAGUUUUAUCAUUGUCUGUGUAGGAUCUCGCGGGAUCCUCUAUAGACCUCAGUGCUGCACUCUUGUGCAUGUGCAAGAGUACAGCACUGAUGUGGGCAUCUGGCAGAUAAAACAUUAGGCUCUAAAGGAGUCCGGCAGAUAGACCAUGUCGGCAGCCACAAAGAACAGGUUCAGGUAAGUAAAACUCCCCUUCCUUCUACACCCUGUGGCCAUCAUUCAUCCAGCAGAGCAGUUGGGGAUCUUUGCAAAAUCGGCAAUGACCACAGACUGUGAUAGAGGUGAUAGAGAUGCUUUAAAAAAUUAACACAAGUUAAGAUGAUUUUUCAAAGUCUAAGAUCCCCUUUAUUUAUUUGUGACUUUCCUGCAGGUUUGUUUGUUUGUUUUUUAGCAGCCAGACUGAGAGAAUCCACAAUGUUACACAUUCUGUGACCUCAUCAAAAUGUCUUGCAAUAUGUAUGUACUUCUAGUACCAUAUUAAUUAUUAUGGUAUAAUGUAAAUGGAGGCACACUUUAAUGCUUUUGGUACACAAUGCAUUGUAAAAUGAAAAUUAGAUGUAUUUUUAAAUCUGAUUCUCCUGUUUUUCUGUAGGUGAAAAGGGAAAUGGGGGAGAACAUGCCAAUGCUCUCUGAUGAUGAGUUGAUGUCCAUGUCAGUUCGUGAGCUAAACCACCACUUGCGUGGCUUGUCCAAGGAAGAGGUAGUGAGACUAAAGCAGAGGAGAAGGACCCUGAAAAAUCGGGGCUAUGCUGCAAGCUGCCGCGUCAAACGUGUUUCACAAAAGGAGGAGCUAGAGAAGCAAAAAAACGACCUGCAACAGGAAGUCGAAAAGCUAGCGCAGGAGAACUCCACCAUUAAACUGGAGCUGGAUGCACUGAGAGCCAAGUACGAGGCUCUGCAAAACUUUGCUCACUCAGUGUCCCGGGGAGCGAUCACUCCAGCUAAAGUGGCCGCCACGAGUGUUAUCACCAUCGUCAAGUCUUCAGGAAAUUCUUACUCUUAACAGAAGACAAGCUGUUCAUCUAUCCCUAUUCCCAUCUCACCUCAUCAAAAACUUACAACAACAUAGCAGAUUUCACAAACGGCAGCCUUAAAAAGCUGGGCAUUGAUACGAGGCCUCUAUAACUUGCCGUCAAAGGUUCACUCUUGCCAUAUGGAAACUGCAGAUCGGAUCUGUCCUACUGUCAUUACUGUGAGGCAGAUGGUAUAGAAUUGUGGUGCAAUAGCUCCAAGUUACUAAUGCAAAUUUAUGAAUGUAAAGGGAAUGAUUGAGGACCUCAAUUGUAUGUUUUCGUGCAUGUAAUGGGUAUGUUACGACCAACAUAACCAGAAAGAUUACUUUUGGUAUUGAAAUAUGAUAGAAAGGCACUGAAACGCUGAGUACUGCUAACCAAGAGCAGAUUUUAAAGUCACAUGUUUCGGGUAGAGCAUUAGUAGCUUUACCAAUGUGGAGCUGUGUUUGCUACACAUUCUGCGUCCAAUCACUAUAUCAGCACUUGCCCCAAUGAAGCCUGGUACCAGUGGAACACACAUCCAAAAGGAUGGAUAGCCGGAUGGGUCAUGUUGAGAACAGAUGGAUGAGGCUGAUGGGAGUUGUUCUGUAAUAGCAGUAAGGUUACAUGGAACCUAACAUUAAGGUAUUCAUGUUUAAAUGUUGAAUACUUUAACCCCUUAAGGACACAUGACAUGUGUGACAUGUCCUGAUUCCCAUUUAUUCCAGAAGUUUGGUCCUUAAGGGGUUAUAUAGACUCCCAGUCUGAAUAUUUUGGGGAUGAGUUGAGAUGUAAUGAUGGAAUUGAGAAAGUAGAAUAUUGAUUUCAAGGAUCAGUAAGUGUUGAAGGACAAAUGAAAAGUAUACGAUUUUUAUUUAUUUUUUGAAUGUGCAAGUUUGUCAGCAUACCACCAACUAAUAUUUAAUAGUCGUGCGGAGUUCUGACACACACCCCCACACCCACCACCACCACCAAUUAGGAGAUCUUAGAAAAGAUGGACAGAGGUGACUGUCCAAAAUGGGGACAAUUAGCAAGGAUGCAUACAAGUAAAGGUUUUAGUAUGCAGUAAAAUGAACAUAAUGAUGGCUUUCUCAGGAUGUCAGCAACUUCUUGUUUUAAGAAAUUAUGACAGUGAAAAAGUCCAAAACCAGUGUAAUUUCCAUGUCUUUAUAGAUUUCAUCAAACUCAUCUGGCAAUACAUAGUAUUAUUGUACCUGAAAUUUAACUCCAACAAUAGCCAAGUUUAUUUAAUAUUAAAAUACUGUUAAUCUUAGAUUUGAGCAUAUUGCUCCUGUAGAAGAGGCAAACUUAACUGUUGCUCCCAGUGCACUACGUAUAUCUCUGCAGAUCCAUGUCGUGGUGUUUUUUUGUUUUUAUUUGUAUUCUUAGUCAUUUGACAGUUGAUUCCUUGCUGGCAGCAUGCUUAACACUUACAUUUUGAGGCACAAAGCAUGGGAUAACUUAGUUAUAAAUUAUGGGAACCUCCGAUAUGUUAUUUCAAGUGACCCUGUCGAUGGUGCAUUAAAAUGGUAAUGCUGUACAGCCCAAUAAAAAAUAAAAUACACGUCAUUUCACCUAAUCUUAAUUAGUGUUAGGUAUGCAUCAUUUUAAAUUUUGUCUCUGCACAAUAGAAAUGUUGUCCAUGUCUCAUCUAAGGGUCUAGUGGAGAACGUUGGCAAUUACCUGAAUGCUUUAAUGAAAAGUUAUGACCAGAAGAACACGAAAAUUUAAAGGGACUCUAUUGGCACCCAUACCACUUAAUGUCAGUGGAGUUGUCUGUUUAACUCUGCAGCUGAAAUCACUGCUGUUUUGCAGGAAUUGUAUUUUUUUCAUUGCUUCCACAGCUGUAACAGAGUUAAGCUCUGUUAACAGCUCACUCAUAUGACUCUCUUUGAGAGCAUUUGAUUGACUCAGCGUGGAACUUUACUGCGCUUUCACAAAGUUAAAACUUUAAAAACCCUGAAAGGUGGCGUGUGCACUUACAUAGAUAGGGGGGCACUAUAGCGUUAGGGAUACAUAUUCCUAAUGUUCUUGUACUCAUUUAGCAUAAAAUCGUGAAGAAAGACACUGAAUGUUGACAAUGGGUAGAGGUUAUGUUUUAUGAUCCGAUAUAUAACUGAGAUCCUUCUGGUUUGUGAGACAGAACUGGUGCCAUGCUUCAUAUCGGGCUCAUCAAUGCCGUCCCAGCUCAAUUUUAAGCCAGUUCGUAUCUGUAAAUGCCUAUAAAGCUGGAAUUGAACAGCUGUGUUUUUGCUUUAAGACUCAACUCCCUAGGGUAGUUUUGGUUAACUUAUGCAACCCAGGUAUCUGUGUACUACAUUCUCAGUGAAAAACCCAUCUUCAUGGCCAUAUAAGCUCGCAAACAUCUGGGCUAUCAAGGCUUGCCAUUUCUACCCUAGGGAAAUAAUUUAAUUCAUUUUGCAUUAAAUACUGGUGCAAGGUACUUUGACUAUUGUCUUCAGGACAUCACAAAAUAAUUUACUGUAAAAGAUGAAGUGAGUGUGUUCCUCUUUCUCAGAGAAACAUUAAUAUUUUAGCUGCUUUAAUCCUUAAUUUAGAUGACACACAAGAUGGACUGCAAACCAUCUUGUUCUAUAAGAUGCUGUUGAAAUAUUCCAGGCAAUUCCUCCCUGGCUAACCCAGUUACCGGGAGGAAGAGCUCCUUCUUAUUUAUGUUUGAGACGUUUUAUUUUUUUGUAUAUUUAUAUAUUAUUUUUAUUUUAAAGAUUAUAGGGAAAGGGGCGGGGAAAUGCUUAAUUUAAAUAUUAAAUAUAUGGUAUGUUUGUCUAUUCGAUAAACAAAAUUGAAAAUGUUUUAUGUUGACAAAAAAUAGCAUUAUUGUUUUGAACUUAGAGUAGAGUUGGGAUUCAGGGCGUUCAAUUAAAAGUCAUGGAGGUGACCGGGUGUAGAACCAUAAAUUCAAGACCAGAUAACGAUUUUGUGUGUGAAUAAACUAUUGUCACUGGCAGACCAGUACACUUUGGGGUUUAUUCAGUAAACCAGGAAUUGAGAAGAAUUGCUUUUCAUCCUUGAAAAAUGGGUACCAUUAAGUUUGGAAUAACACCUAGACCUUAGAUGUAUUUGGAAGUAAACGAAAAGCUAAAAGUUUAUUUUCAAGUCUGAGUUUAGUAAAUAAGCCCCUUUUGUGUCUAUUUCCUUUUGGUAUCAUAGCUAUCUUUAUUGCUGCAACACUGGAAAAAAAUGAAAUGCUGGAUGAACUUUACUGAUUUUUGCUUUAUGUAGUUAAAAGUACAAUCUCUAGAAAUCAAUAGUAUGUAAGGAUGCCUACCCAUAUAGCCACUCCCAAUUGGAAUAUCAAAAUUUGCAGAGAUGUUGUUCUGUUUCAAAAUUCUUUUGAUGGGUAAAUCCCAUCCUCAUUCAUUACAGGAGAGCUUUUAUCAACUGGCCCCUAAUUAACCCCUAGAUCUGACUGACUGCCAUUUUCAAAUGCAGUGAAAUCUAUAACUCUUCCAGACAAUUCGAUGUAUUGUUUAUCAAUAGAGUGAGAAGUCUAGCUUUACCACCACACUUGGCGGGUUAUUAACCUUUUUAAGGAUCAAUGUCAUUUUUUUGAGGAUAUCUGUUGGUUGCUGAAGGCCAUAUGUUGGCAAAGAUUGCAUAGCACUGGUUUAUUUAGAAAGACCUGCUUUCGCCAAGUAAAAUGGUGAUUUCCAUUUUGGAAUAGGAUCUUUAUAAGGCCAUAUGGCGGUAAUGCUAUGACUGCUUGCUUAGACUUGGAAACAUUGGUUUUUAAAAAGUUAAUUUAUCAUUUUCUCCAUGAACAGGUGAUGGUUCUAUAUAUGAACCCUCUAGCACACUGUCUUGCUUUCGUAACAUGCUAGGAGGAUACAUUUUAUUUAUUAGUUCUGUCUCCUGGCCUGUAAAGUGCUACGUACCAAUGUUGGUAAUACAGCAUCAUAAUAAGUAAAAAAUAAUGUAGUGUAAUGCUGGCUUACCCUUAUAUUUACUCAUUUACCAUAAUCUCCCAGUUCUGCUUUCAUCCCUGAAAGCCAUGAUGGCUUCAUUGGCAGCAAGAGGGGUAAGCUAUAAUAAUGCGAUUUUACUUGCUAUUACUGUCUAGUUAUCAAGGCAGAUUGGUUUGGCAUUGAUAAUAUUGCCAGAUUGGAUGAGUGGCGGGCUUCUGGUAUGGUAUUUGUGUGUCGUCCUUCUGAUACACGUGCACAGUACUUAUUCUGCGUUUAUAAAUCUCAUGUAUUGAAUGUUUUUCAUAUCUAAUAUAUAUAUGUGUGUGUGCGUGUAUGUAUGUAAAUAUGUGUGUGUGUGUGUAUAUAUAUAUAUAUAUUGAAUGGUAUUUAUUUUUAUGAAACAUUUUAAAGUCCCUUUAUAAGUGUAUUUUAUAUUGUUCAAAUAAAG